UGUUGACAAUAGAGCAAUAUUGUUGUUAGAUUUAACGUGGAAACUCUUGACAAAUGUUGCCAAAUAAUCAAGUCUGCUGAAAUCUCUUCUUCAUGAGCUGACAGAGACAUACAAACAGACACACAUGAGACAACGCACCGAAUACAGGGAUGAAUUUAAAUGUGUGAAUACAGGAGAAGCUCUGACACUGUAGUUCAGUGAGAGACUCCGAGAAAGUGAAACUAACUUGAUCAACAACAAUAUGGACGCCUGAAACCAUCAAACUCUUUAGACAGCAGAAUAUUGAGUUGUUCAAAGACCCUUCUGGACACAUCUGAUAUCACCGGUGUCCUGGUCUCCGCUGACGAUCAGGGCUGCAGGCAUCAUCUCUUGGUGCUGAUCCACCAUCUGAUUGCGUAUGGACUGAGAAACAGACAAAUAUUAGCAUAGAUGCCAUUCUUCUUACGAUGUAACGAGUACAUUGUGUGUUAUGGGGAGUGUUCCCGCUUCCGGUUGAUCUAAUUAAUGCAGCCUAACAAUCCUUUAACAGAUUUGAAUAAUAGAAGCGAAUUAGUGUGUUAUGUGUAAGCCAGGUUAAAGAGAUGUGUCUUUAAUCUAGAUUUAAACUGACAGAGUGUGUCUGCCUCCUGAAAAGUGUUAGGUAGAUUGUUCCAGAGUUCGGGUGCUAAAUAGGAAAAGGAUCUGCCGCCUGCAGUCAAUUUUGAUAUUCUAGGUAUUAUCAAACGGCCAGAGUUUUGAGAACGCAGCGGACGUGGAGAACAAUAAUGUGAUAAGAGCUCGCUCAAGUACUGAGGAGCUAAACCAUUCAGGGCUUUAUAAGUAAUUAACAAGAUUUUAAAAUCUAUCCGAUGUUUGAUAGGGAGCCAGUGCAGUGUUGACAGAACCGGGCUAAUAUGGUCAUACUUCCUGGUUCUAGUAAGAACUCUAGCUGCUGCAUUUUGGACCAACUGUAGUUUGUUGAUCAAGUGUGCAGAACAACCACCCAAUAAAGCAUUACAAUAGUCUAACCUUGAGGUCAUAAACACAUAAAUUAGUAUUUCUGCAUUUGACAUUGAGAACAUAGGUCGCAAUUUAGAUAUGUUUUAGAUAUGUAGAUAUGUUCUCUAGACACUCUUUACAUUCAACCAGCUUCAUGAGGUGAAUCAUGGGAUUCUUUAUAAACAGUAUUGAAGGAGUUCACACUAAUCCUAAAUAAUGUCUCUUUCCAGCAAUGUCAUCCUCCAUUAGUUCACUGACUGAGGGGCUUCAGUGCUCUAUAUGUCUGGACGUGUUCACUGAUCCAGUCACGACUCCAUGUGGACACAACUUCUGCAAGAUCUGUCUGAAUAAGUGUUGGAACAACAGCCAGACCUGCAGCUGUCCAUACUGUAAAGAAACAUUCAAGCAAAGACCUGAUCUCAAGAUUAAUACCACACUCCGAGAGCUCGUAGAUCACUAUAAAAAGAAAAGUCCUGAGAAAAUAACUGAAGUUCUGUGUGACAUCUGUGAGGAAAGAAAGCUGAAAGCCCUGAAGUCGUGUCUGGUGUGUCAGAGCUCUUACUGUGAAACUCACCUGGAGCCUCAUUUGAGAGUGACAGGUUUGAAGAAACACAAACUGAUGGAUCCUGUGAGUAAUCUGGAGGACUAUAUAUGUCAGAAACAUGAGAGACCUCUGGAUCUGUUCUGUAGAGAUGAUCAGACAUGUGUGUGUUCGAUCUGCACUGUGAAAGACCACAAGAACCACAACACUGUUCCUAUAGAAGAGGAGAGUGAAGAGAAGAAGACUGAACUAAUGAAGAUACAUAAAGACGUGCAGCAGAUGAUCCAGAACAGAAUCAAGAAGAUUCACGACAUCAAACACUCAGCAGAAGACAGAAAAAGAAACACGGAGAAGGAGAAAGCAGCCCAUGUCGAGCUCUUCAGUGAUCUCAUCCGCUCCAUUGAGAGAUGUCAGACUGAACUGCUGGAGAUGAUAGAGGAGCAGCAGAAAGCAGCAGAGAAAGAGGAGCAAGAGCUGAUUGAAGAGCUGGAGCAGGAGAUCACUGAGCUAAAGAUGAGAAAGACUGAGCUGGAGCAGCUCUCACACACUGAAGAUCACCUCCACCUCCUACAGAUUCACUCAUCCCUGUGCAGCCCUAGAAACACCAGGAACUGGCCUGGGAUCAGUAUGAAGACUCAUGAGAGUCUGGAGACUCUGAGGAGAGAUCUGACUCAACUGAAGGACACUAUAGAUGAGAAGCUCACACAAACUGUCUCUACAGAGCUGAAGUGGAUGCAGCAGUAUGCAGUUGAUGUGACUCUGGAUCCUGAUACAGCUCAACCUGAGCUCAUCCUGUCUGAUGAUGGAAAACAAGUGAGACAUGGAGACAUUAGACAGAAACUCCCAGACAAACCAGAGAGAUUUGAUCCAUGUCCCUGUGUCUUGGGAAAGGAGGGAUUCUCCUCAGGGAGAUUUUAUUUUGAGGUGCAGGUGAAGGGAAAGACUAAAUGGCAUUUAGGAGUGGCCAGAGAAUCCAUUAACAGGAAGGGAAUGAUUAUACCGUCUCCCAGUGAUGGAUGCUGGACUGUGAUUCUGAGGAAUGGAGAUGAAUAUAAAGCCGGUGAUGAUCCUCGUGUCUCUCUGUCUCUGAGAGUGAAGCCACAGUUGGUCGGUGUGUUUGUGGGUUAUGAGGAGGGUCUGGUCUCCUUUUAUGAUGUGGAGUCUAGCUCUCAUAUCUACUCUUUCACUGCUCAGUCUUUCACUGAAAAACUCUAUCCGUAUUUUAGCCCAUGCCUUAAUGAUGGAGGUAAAAACUCAAGCCCACUGAUCGUCACACCUCUCAAUUAUAAUAAAUGAAUUUACACCACUAAUAUGAAAUACAAGAUUAAAAUAAUGAUUUUUAUAUUUAAAAAUUUGAAAGCAUUAUGUGCUAUUUUUUUAUCAUUUGUUUUUUAAUUUUGAAAAUCUAUAUGCUAUAAUUACAUAUUUUUAAUGUAAAUACUGUAUGUUUGUUCAAUACAUUUUUAUUCAACUUUUCAUAAACAUUCAUGCCAUUUUUUUCUCCACCUGACAAAGUAAAAUUGCCUGUAAAAUCUUAACAGAAAAACAAAACUAGUAACCUUAGUAAACUAUUGUAUCAAGGCAGUUUAUAAAAUGUUCUGUCAUAUUACCAUCUGAUAUAACAUUACCACAGUAAUACCUUGAUAUAUAUCAUAAAAUUGUAUGAUUACUAGUGAUGGGACGGUUGGUACCGGGGCUCUGAUGCUCUGACACAGUUUUCAAAGCACUAUUGUAUCACACAUAGCUGUUAGACCAAACGUUGUUAAAUGUCACAGUAUAGCCUACGAAGGACUGUUUUUGUCGCCUAGCAACUGUGACAGCUGCCGUUGACGAAUGACUGUAACUGUCACAAUCCACGUAGGAGCCAGAAACGAGGAGGCGAGGAACUUCGGAAAUAAACUCAGAUUUUUAUUUUCCAAACUCAAGGAUCGCUGGAUACACAAAUAAACAUGGAUCACGUUUACUGACAAUACGAUGACAAUAUAAGACUGGACACCGGUCCAUUUAUGUACACAAAGUGUAUCAACUAUAUAAAAUUGCAUCUCUGUCAAUCUGCCCACAUCAAAAUCAUUACUUAUAUACAUUGGAUAAUCUAAAAUUUGAAAAUAUUUAAAUUAGACUCAUCCAAACAUAACGUCCCAGAGCAGAGGUCUUCAACACUGCUCCUGGGGACCCUCUCUCUAGGAAAGUUUAUUUCAAACCGGCUUCAGCACACCUGCCUGCAAUUUUCAAGCAGUCUUGAGGAGCUUGAUUAGGGUUAUAGCUAAACUCUUCAGGAUAGUGGGUCCCCAGGGACAGGGUUGAAGACCUCUGUCCCAGAGGUUCUCAGGUGGAUUCAGGUCUGGGGAACAUGAGGGUCAGUCAAUGUCAUCGAUGCCUUCAUUAUCAAGAAACUGUCUGUUCACUCUGGACACAUGAGGUCCGGUAUUGUCCUGCUCCAGGAGGAACCCAAAGCCACUGCACCAGCGUAAGAUCUGACAGCGACUCUGAGGAUUUCAUCACGAUAUCUAACAGCAGUAAAGGUACUGUUGGCUAGCACAUGGAGAUCUGUGCGAUCCUACAAAGAUAUUCCUCCCCAGAUCAUCACUGACCCACUGCCAAAGCGGUCAUGCUGGAUAAUAUUACAGGCAGCAUAACAUUCGCCACAGCAUCUACAGACUUUUUCACAUCUGUCACAUGUGCUCAGUGUGAACCUGCUCUCAUCUGUGAAGAGAAAGGGGCCCCAAUGGUGGACUUGCUGAUUGAUAGCGGUCCCGCUGCUGGGUUAUAGCCCUUCUACUGCUCUGUCCAGCUCUCCUCAUGUAAUGGUCCAUCUCCCAGUAUCUCCUCCAUGUUCUUGAGACUGGGCUGGGAGAUACACCAAAUCUUCUUACUACGGCAUAUACAAAUGUAACAAAUACGCAAAUACGCUUGAUCAAAUUAGAAAAAAACAAAAAAACAAUUAAGGAGAAAACCCAAAUAAAUCUGAAUAAAUUCACAUAUGAAUUAGCUCAGUUUUCAAGAGUCUUGUGAUUCAGAACUUGAGGUUCUUUCACAAACUUGUGAAUAUAGCUGAAUUCAGUUAACGGCAAUGAAAUUGUUCGUCACUCAGGCUCUGCCAUUAGAUCCUUCCAAAAGAGAACUGUGAAAUGCGCUGUUUGUGCUACUAAUUCACUUUCCUACCAUACAGUUCAGCAACAGCAAUGUCAACGUCACUCAGUAGCACUUGUUGAGAACUCCUUGUGGCUCGCCAGUCCUCACUCCCUCCACGAACACAAGAGUUUGGACGAAAUCCAGGAAUCCAGAGAGUGAUGUUUUAUUAACAAAUUCCGGGAGGAGCAUGCGCAGAUAAUUAACACAGCCAAUUCAUCAUCAGCAAAAUCACACCAUCUAUCGAAUCAGCUCGAGAGAGAACCCCUAUAAAUAAUCAAAGCAGUCUUACCUCCAUCAGUUCUAGUCUUUCAGCGUUCGGUUCGCUCCUUUGCCAUUAUAUCACAGACCCAAUUUUUUCCUCAUCCAAACAACGUGACCCAUACUCUAGAUUUCGGAUCCUCUGCAGCAAAUCCGCCGGCCCCAGGAUCACUCCUCCUCCGCCAGUCAUCGCCGCCGAGCCCCAGGCUCCAUCGUGGCCGCCGCUCUGCUCGACCAGCCGUUUUUCCCGACACCGAGGCUCAACCUUGCCUCCACUGCCUAUCUUCCAUCUUCCCCGGCAUCCUCGUAUCAUUCGGCUGUGCCAAUAAAUUCCUCCGAUCGGAAAGUGGUAAGUAUUUAAUCCAGAGGCAAAUGCUGAUGAAUUCUGACGCUCCGUUCUCGCAGAGAAUAAACAAAUGGAUGUGCACGAUCUAUUCGUCACCCCACAAAUCAGCCAACCUCACUCCUAAAUCCACUCCAGCCACCUAGACGGCCAAUAGAUCGAGCAAAGCCCCGAACUAGUCUCGCUUGACACCACCAUUGUCCUGCACAAGACCCGGCUCUCCGUGAGCAUCGGGUCGCAGAAGCAGGCCUUCAACGAGCAUGGGCCGUGCCCACUUCUCGCAGCAAAGCCACACUCGCUUCCCGCUUCGGCUCAGCCUUCACCGUGGCUCUUCCGGCCACAGCGCCGCAUGCAGCUGAGCCCCUAACUUCUGUUUCCAGACGCAAGCGUGAGGCUGCCUCCGCUAGCGGCGCAGGCCACCAGUCUUGCCAAACAAUUUUCAGGUAAAUCGCUAAAGGCCGAUCAUUUGUUGUUAAAAGUUGUCAAAUGACGUCGCAACAUCAUCGGAUGUUGAUGUCAUUACGUAAUCAUGACGCAAGUGCUUAGAAUACACACAGAAAUUACUCUUAUUUUCCACCAGCAUUUUACCUGUAUUUAACUUAUUCAUUUCAUUUUGAUAAAUGGAUAGAUAAGUCAGAUAAUCAACAGUGAAACUUCUCUUCCACUGUUGAUCUUAACCCUCUGGGGUCGACAAACGCGUAUAUGCGUUGAGGCAGAUUUUCCUGAUAAGGCCGAAAUGAGCUUGAAAUACUUGACAUUUUUGAUCGUACAGAUAAGAGCAAUACACCAUUCGAAUCUGUAAGGGGUCUACUUUUAUUUGUAUACACUCAUAAUAACAACUAAACUUUGUGCUUUUGAAGAAUAAAGAAAACAAACAGGGUGCACUCUCUGUCUUCUCCGUGAACUGCUUUUGAAACACGUCACUAAAAUGAACUGUAACUCAGCAAAUACUUCACACAGAGACAUGAGAAAUAUAUCUAUAGCAAGCUUGACAUGUCUACUGUUAAAUGAAGUAAGUCUUGCCGAAAACAAAUAUUCUGUGAUAAAGUAAUCCGUAUGAAACCAAGGACAUGUCCAGUUUUUCCGUCUGGUCUCAUUAUCUCUAAUUAGGUCACGCCCACGCGCUACUCGCGCUAUUGUUAUUACAAAUCUCCACGCGAGCCACGCAGCAUGUAAACGCCCACACCACCAUAAACAAAGCAGCAACACGUUCAUCUCAGAUACUUUUCAGUUUUGGAAGAACAUGCUGUGAGGAAUAAGCCUUGUAUUUACCUCAGAAAUGCGCUGAGAGGAAAAAGCUUUGUUUACCUCACAAACAGAUCGCGAGCGCAGCUGGAGCCGGCGGAGGAGGAGAUACUUUAUAUCAAGUAAGUAAUGUUUCUUAUUGGCAUUGGAUAAUGUGUUGUUGUGACAAAGUUGAACGCAUUUACUGGUGAACUUGUCCCAAACUCCAGAAUAAAAUGCGUGAAAUCGAGUGCAACAUUUUGAAAUAUGAUGGGCAACCUUUCAUUGCAUUUAAAUGUUGCACGACGUGAGGAUAGUUAUAUGUUCUAUAAACAAUGAUAUAAAAGUAAUCUCUAAGAAAGUUUAGACCAAUCUUUACUGUGAAGUAGCCUACUCUGUUUGCAAAUACCUGCUCGAACAUGUUUAUAAUAAGCUUAACAAUAAUAAUUUAGUUUCUCAGUUAUAAAAUAUUGUUUUUGUAUUGUAUGAUAAUACAUGCAAAGCAUGUGUGCAUCUAUGUUAUAAAAUCACGUGGGCAACAUUGGUGAUUGCUAAUGUAAUAAUAUAGUUGCUCCUGAUAAGCCUAUCAACAUGCUCACUAAUUUAUUUAUUAAUUUUAGUGGGGGGGGGGG